AUGCGUCCCGCAUCAAUUUCAAUAUCCGAAUCUGGACGCAUUUAUCGUCUCGCCGUCCCUGCACUGCAAGCAAUUGUAACUCACCUUGACCUCCGGAUCGAACGUGAAGAGCUGAAAGUCAUCGUGGACGAGCUUUUCCGUGAUAGAAUGAUGCGGCUCGAAGCGGUUGUAUGCCAGUUUGGCGCAAAUCUUGCCAAAGAAAAACCUUCUGCGGAGCUGGUCCAGUUUAUGUCUGGGCCUGCAGCUGAAAACGAAGAAAGAGAAGCUUAUCUCCAGGGAGUAAGGGAUAGUUGGGAGAUCAUGUCUGGAUGUGAUGAAACGGCCUAUGAGUUCGCUGUCAAUUUUGAUAGUAUCAGAACUACGUUGAUACAACGGAUUAGAGACCUUGACAAGAGUAAAGGCGAUAUGCAGAGCGAUACGAUAAAGGGAACAGAUACCCACACGCAAGAGUAUCAAGACUUCCUUGAAUCCGAAGAGAGAGCCUCUGGAGAGAAGCUUGCUAUUGCUAAGGAUGAAGCUACCGAGUUUUCAAGACCUUCUAUUCAAUGUAACCAUAAGAAAUGCAACUGCGUGUGCAACUGCAAAAACAAUCACUCUGUAGAGCUGUGUGUUCCCAUCAAGCAUCUCUUCGCGGUGAAAAACUGA